AUGUUCAAACGAGAUCAUGACCACACCCAGGCUUCCAUCAACAACCUCGACAACAACACCGAAAACCAAGAGGAGUUUGAUGUAUCACCAAAAAUCAAGAAACAAAAAUUGGUACAACCAACAAGUAUGACAUGCAUGGAUGAAAAGAAUGACGACAAACAUCAUGUGCAUUUGAUUCUACUUGAUUUUUCAAAUUCAUCGUCGAAAUCUCCUGUUCAAAAGGAAAUGGUACAUCUACAAAAGAAAUUCUCAUUACAACAAGAAGGUAAAAAGAAAUGGCUUUUGAAUCGAGCGUUGAAAUAUGAAGAAUUCCUUCCAGUCGAAUUCAUGAACGAUCCUGAAUUUGUGUUGAAUCAUAUUAAAAAGUAUGAAUAUGGACUGGAACUUGCAUCUACACCACUAAAACAAGAUCGAGAAUUUGUGUUGAAAGUGGUUCAACACAAGGGUUCAGAAAUUGAAUUUGCAGAUGAAACAUUUCUCAGUGAUAAAGAAGUGGUAUUGGCAGCAGUAAAGAACGAAUCAUUGGCUUUCGAACAUGCCUCUGAAGAAUUGCUGGAUGACCAUGAGUUUGUGUUGCAACUUGUGCGACAAAACGGAGAAGUGUUGCAAUGCCUCGAUGACUUGGAAGAAGACAUUAUUUUGGAAGCUGUGAAACAAAAAGAACAAGCACUCCAGUAUGCUUCGAGCGAUUUUCUCAAAGAUACCAAGUUCAUGUCAACAGUUUUCCGAUUUAUAUUUCCAGAAUUGGAAACUUUUGAUUAUUCCAACAAGGAGUGCAUGAUCCAAGUAGUUCAAAAAUUUGGGUACUUGCUUGAAUUUGCGAGUGAUGAACUUAAAAACGAUCGAGAGGUUGUUCAAAAUGCAGUCAUGAAUUACGGAAGUUCCAUUCAGUUUGCAUCUGAUACCCUCCAACACGAUCGAGAGUUGGCAUUUCUUGCCAUCAAAGAAUAUUACGGAGCAUUCAAAUACCUAUCUGAAGAGUUUAAGAAUGAUAAGGAUAUAGUGUUACAAGUUGUCAAACAACCUAGAAAUAAGUCUAUUCUUCAACAUGCUUCUCAAGACUUGCGGAAUGACAAGGAAGUUGUGUUAGAAGCUGUCACUCACUAUGGAAGUGAUCUUGAACACGCAUCCAAAGCGUUGCAAAACGAUCGACAAGUGGUAUUCGCUACCCUUAAACAAAAUGGGGAGUCUCUUGCGUAUGCAUCCAACAUGUUGAAAGGGGAUCCAACUAUUGUGCUGGAAGCCGUUCAACAAAACAGGAGUGCCUUGAAAUUUGCUUCCAGGAUUUUAUUGCAAGACAAACAUUUUGUCAUGUCCUUGAUUCAACAUGGAUGUGAAAACAUUUUUGAAUUUGCUCCAAAGAAAUUAGUCAAAGAUAAGAAAUUCAUGUUGACAGCAGUCCAACAGAACUGUUUUGGAGUGCUUGGAGCCGAUUACAGUUGCCCAGAUAAGGAACUCAUGUUAAAUGCUGUGAAAAACGAUGGAUCAUCGUUGUUUUUUGCAACUGAAGAGUUACAAACAGAUCCGGAUCUUGUUUUGGAAGCACUUAAAUGCAAUGGUUUUGUAUUAGAGUAUAGUGAUGAAUUAUAUCAAGAAAGAAUGAAAUAUUGCUAUUGCGACGCUUAUUUGGGAGCAAUGAGCAAUUCCUAUAGAAAUUGA